AUGGACGUGCAGGAGGAACCCAAGCCCAUCCCCGCCUACUACUGCUGCUAUCUGCUGCGUUCCACCGUUAGGCACGCCUCGCUCUAUAUCGGCUCGACGCCAAACCCGAUCAGACGACUGCCCCAGCACAAUGGAGACGCCAAAGGUGGGGCCAAGCGGACUUCGCGCGACAAAUUGCGGCCAUGGGAAAUCGCGCUGGUUGUCGAGGGGUUCAUGAGUCGUGUUGGGGCGCUGCAGUUCGAAUGGGCCUGGCAGCACCCGGAAAAGUCACGGCAUUUGCUAGGAGACGAGAGAGAGUUGGGGUCUCAAUCCAAAGCCAUUAUCAAUCCGAAGACGGAGAAGGCGAAGCCGCGAGCCUCGCGAUCAAGGAGGUCUUUGACGGCGCACUUGGAAGAUCUGCACUCGCUGAUUCGCUCAACCUAUUUUGCUAGCUGGCCCCUGCGCAUACGCUUCUUCCGCGCGGAUGUUUAUCGUGUCUGGAGGAUCUGGAAUGAACGUGUCAACUUGCCUCUCCCUGAGACGAAAACCAUCCUCGACGGGGACUGUCCAGGGCAAGGCAGCAAAGAGGCGGCAGUCGGUAGCAUCAACGGUCUACCAGUAGACUAUUCCAAGCUUAAAGAUUAUUUGGAGAAGUCGAUCUUCCUCCUGGAGGACGCGGAAGACCUACGAUGCCAAGUAUGCAGGGCUUCGGUCGUCCCCAAUACUGAACAAAUUGUGGUGUGUCCAGAAACGCAUUGCCGCGGUACAAACCAUAUUCUAUGCCUCUCGAAGAGAUUCCUCGAGGUUGCGGGGGAUCUAUAUAACCUUGUACCGACGAGUGGAGCCUGUCCAACCUGCGAAAAGGCCGUCUCCUGGCCGGUAAUGAUGCAGGAGUUGAGCCUUCGCAAUCGAGCCGAGAAGGACGUCCGCAAAAUUCUUCGGAGGAAGGAGAAGCGCCAUGGCAAAGAACUUGCAAAGGUAUCCUCAAGCAAGGAGCAAGCCGCCGCUGUACGAGAAGCUUCUGCUGAGCCGCCCCAGCACUCCCAAGAUCCAGGGUACACAUUGCCCUUUAACGACUCCCUCCUGAAUGACAGCUGGUACGAGGAAGUCGACAUAGAGUCAGACUCGGAGUAUGGCACACAACAAAAUCGAUCGCCUCCACCACCCUCCAGACUAGAGAUCGUCGUCGAAGACAGCGAGUGGGACGACGCUGAAAUCAUUGAAUGA